AUGGGUUGUUCAGCAUCUAAAAAAACAAAAAAAACAAAAACUGAUUAGGAUGAUCUGCCAAAAUAGAAACUUCUAACUUUAGAUACAAAGCCAGAAGAAAGAAAAAGUAAAUAACCAAAAUCUUUAGAUAAAACUAAAGUAGCAGAACUAUUUUAAGGCGAUCAUUAAUAAAUUUAUAGGAACAAGAAAUUCUAAAAUGAUUAUUUUAUUACUGAAGAAAAAGUGUAAAUAAAUGGUUUAAAUGGAAAAAUAUUUGUUGUUGAAAAUAAAGUGACAGGAUUAAAAAGAAUAGCUAAGAUUGCUAAAAAUACUUUAACUAAUGAUUAAAUUAACGAAUAUGUUAAUUACUUGCAAUAAAUAAAAAAAUUAGUAAGUUUCAUUAUAAUGAUUAGGAUCAUCCAAAUAUUAUAAAGUUAUAUGAUUUUUAUAAUGAUGACAAACAUAUUUAUUUGGUUGAAGAAUACUAUAAUGGUGGAGAUUUAUAUUAAAGAUUAAAUUAAGAAAUGCAAAGUUCAGAGAAAAUUCAUAUUGCUUAUGUUUUUUAAUAAGUUUUGUCUGGAAUUUAUUAUUUACAUUAAUAAGAAAUAGUACAUAAAAAUAUUUCAACAAGUGGAGUAGUUGUUGCAUAAAAAUCUCAUUUUUUAAUUAAAUUAACUGGACUUGAUGAUUUAUUUGAUAUCUUUUAAGAUUCAAACUAAGAUAUUAGUUAUAGAGCUCCAGAAACUUUUUUUGAAAAAUAUAAAUGGAAUUAAAUGGCAGAUAUAUGGUCAGCUGGAAUAAUUUUAUUUGAAUUGAUGUAUGGAUCACAUCCCUUUAAAGAUUAAAGUAGAUAAGUGACAAUUUAGAAUAUCAAAAGAAAUAAUAUUAAAGCAGAUAUUAAUUUGAAUUCAAUUAAUGAUGAAUCAUAUAAAUUAAUUAGCGAAAUGAUUAAUCCAGAUCCUAAAAUGAGACCUACUGCUAAAGAGUGUUUAAAAUUUUAAUUUUUUAAGACUAUAAGAAGAUCAUCUAUGAAGUGCUUUAUUAAGAGUUAAAGAAUUUUAGAGAAAAAAUGA